CUGCCAAGUGACUACAUGACCCCGCCUCCUUCCCGACAUGCACUACUGUACAUAUCAGCCAAUCACAGCGAGGCAAAUCCGGAAGUGGAAGCGUUUGCGUGUUGACAAGCAACAGCCGCGUGUGAUUACAAGGAAAUUGUGGCUUUAGACCGUAGCCGAAUGGAAAGAUGACUGCCCAGGAGGUCCGUUUGUGUGGUCUUCUACUGCAGGAGCACUUUGGAGAAGUGGUGGAGAAAGUAGGAACACACCUGCUCAGAAAUGGAGCCCAAAAUUUGAGAUCCAUUCUUCAUGAGACCGGCAUCUCUCUGGACUUGGUGAAAAAGUCACUGUGUGUGCUCAUGCAACACGGGAUUUGCACCUUCAGCCCAGGUCGCAAAGGACCCGGGAGCCCCGCCGAGUUCCAGACCAGCUGCAGUCUCAUUCUGAAAAUCCUCCGCUACCCGCGCUACAUCUACACGGCCAAGACCCUGUACGGCGACACCGGAGAGCUCAUCGUGGAGGAGUUACUGCAGAGAGGUCACAUGACCAUGAGCGGCAUUGUCAAAAUAGUGGCUGAUCGCCUCACCCAGACAAUGGAGGAUGGCCACAGCAUGGAUUACAGUGAAGUCGCAUCUGCCUUCUCCAAACUGGUGGAGACCCAUUUUCUUCAACGCUGCCCUCCAGUGGCGAGUGCGCAAAGUACCGGCAGCGCAAAGUCCGCUGCAGCAGCCGACGUUCCUGUCGUUCCCGUCGCCACCGGCCCAGAGAGCUUCCCGGACUGCUACAAGGUGCCGCAAGUUAUGCUCGUCGGACGAGGCAAAAGGCAACUGGAGGACGCAGAGGAGCAAAGCGUUGCCAAGAAGGCCAGGAUGGAGACAGCGGCUCACGGCGAUGAGGGCGUUUACUGGCAGGUGAACUUUGAGAGGUUCCAUCUCCACUUCAGAGACCAAGCCAUCAUCGGUGCUGUGGCCAACAAACUGGACCAGACCAGCAGUGAGAUAGUGAGGACCAUGCUGAGGAUGAGCGAGGUGACGACGUCGCCCACGGCCGCCUACACCAAGCCCCUCGCCGCCAACGAGAUCUUCCGGUCCCUGCCGGCCGCAUACAACAUCCCCAGACCCAUCCUAGACCAGUACCUCACUCUGCUGGUGGAUGACCCGAUGGAGUUUGUGGGCAAGGCUGGCGAAAGUGGAGGAGGGAUGUUUGUCGUCAAUUUGCACCGAGCGCUGGCCAGCCUGGCGCGGGCCACCGUGGAAUCUGUCGUGCAAGAGAGAUUCGGAUCCCGAUCGGCUCGCAUCUUCCGUCUGUUGCUGAAGAAGCGACACCUGGAACAGAAGCAGGUGGAGGACUUGGCCAUGAUUCCGGCCAAGGAAGCCAAAGACAUGCUCUACACGCUCCUCUCUCAGAACCUGGUCCAGCUGCAGGAAAUCCCAAAGACUCCAGAUUAUGCACCUUCUCGUACCUUCUAUCUCUACACGGUCAACCAACUGUCUACUGCCAGGAUGCUGCUUCAGAACUGCUACAAGACGGUGGCCAACCUCAUCCAGAGACGACUAUUUGAAUCCACGAACAACAAGCGUCUGCUGGAGAAGUCCCAGCGCAUCGAGGCCAUCCUGGCGUCCCUGCAGGCCGGGGGGGCGGAGCCGGAGCAGCUGACGGAGGUGGAGGAGAUGAUCACGGCUCCGGAAAAGCAACAGCUGGAGUCUCUGCGGCUUCACGUCAACAAGUUGGAUUCAGCCGAGAACCAAGUGGAUGAAACCAUCUUUCUGCUGGAAUCUUACAUCCACGCCACCACCUCAUCGUCAAGCUAAGACUUUGCUUCGCUGCACUUACACUUCCUGUAUUCGUCACCGCAGACUUGGCGCUUUUACACUUUAGUUCUUCACUUUUAGGCCUAAAAUUAAAUUUAAUCAGACUGAAAAAUCAUCAUGUCGCUGCAUGGCUGCUGGUUGGUUUUAAUACUCAUUAUGGGGGGGGGCAUAUGUGACCAUUGGUCUUGGGAAAAGGUCAUAUUAUGACUUUUUUUUUCAGAAAAAAACUAGAAAAAAGUUAUAUUUAUUAUAUUAAAAAAUUCUAAUAACUUUUUUCUUUGCAAAAGUUGUAAUAUUAACUUUUUUCUUGUAAAUUCACGACUUUUUUUCUCAAAAUCUCCGAUUUAUUUUCGAAUGUGGCCCUGAUUCUCUGAAAAUUAAUGAGAAAAAAAGUCGCUGCAUUAUAUUACCUUACCUUAUUACCUGAUAAUAUUACCUUCACAGGAAAAACAUUUACAAGAAAAUAACUCUCAGAUUAGUUUUCAAUGUGGCCCUGAUACUCUGAAAAUUUAUGAGAAAAAAAGUUGCAGCAUUAUGAUAUUACCUUACCUUAUUACCUGAUCAUAUUACCUUCACAGGAAUAACAUUUACAAGAAAAAAAAGUCUCAGAUUAAUUUUCAAUGUGGCCCUGAUAAUUUAUGAGAAAAAGUCACAGCAUUAUGAUAUUACCUUACGUUAUUGCCUGAUCAUAUUACCUUCACAGGAAUAACAUUUACAAGAAAAAAAAGUCUCAGAUUAAUUUUCAAUGUGGCCCUGAUAAUUUAUGAGAAAAAGUCACAGCAUUAUGAUAUUACCUUACGUUAUUGCCUGAUCAUAUUACCUUCACAGGAAUAACAUUUACAAGAAAAAAAAAGUCUCAGAUUAAUUUUCAAUGUGGCCCUGAUAAUUUAUGAGAAAAAGUCACAGCAUUAUGAUAUUACCUUACGUUAUUACCUGAUAUUACCUUCACAAGAAUAACGUUUACAAGAAAAAAAGUCUCAGAUUAGUUUUCAAUGUGGACCUAACAUUGGUCGCAAUCAAAUAAAUGAGUAAAUAGUUUGAAUAUAUAAUAUUUAUAUCUAAUAUUUGGCCUUAUGUUGGUGUUUAAUUCCAUGACGUCAGGGAAACCGGUGGUGUAGGUUCUGUUUAACCGAAGCAACAAAUUGCGUUUGGUCGCAGUUGUCCUUUAUUUCAGUUCAAGUGGUGAUUGUUUGAAAUGUGAAACCAUGAUCAUGUCGGUUUAUUAAAUAGACCAAAUGUGGUAGAGUACAAUUCCAAACGGGAAACAAGACUAUUUACAUAAGUGCUCCAUAACCCUGGAAGUAGCGGGAAGUGAAUUUCUGCUGGACCGCUGGGAUGCUCCUUCGCGGGGAACAACCUGAUUGGUUCAACGCCCACCUCAGUCCUCGUGGUUCUCGUCGUCUCUGUGCUUGCGUGCGAAGAAGCCGAGCUGAGGAGAAAUUGACUCAGGGGUGACACUCUGAACUUUGACCUUCCCUAACCGUUAGCGCCGAUGUCCAAAUACCUUCCAUAGUAUGAAGAUAAUGAGCGCCAGGAGCAGCAGACCGCCGAUGAUGCUUCCGAUCAGAAUCCACAGCGAGAUGGGAAUGGCUCUUCCCUUCAGCACCUCCAGGACGGUCUUCAAACGGAAGAACAUAUUUGACGUAGAUGUACACAAACUAGAUAUUUACUGUAGAUCCUACCUCUCUCCAGGCCGUCUCUGUUCCCAGAGUGAUGAGGUUGGUCUCUUGAGGUGCUAUCUGAUACAUGCCGAUUAUCCUUGCCGACUUGUACUUGGCCUGCAGACAAAAACACAAAAGAGGUCACUAAAAUAGUUUGUACCUGCAAAAAAAAACCACAAAAAAGUGUAAUUUGCAUGACAGGCCAUUAGUUAACAUUAUUAGAGCCCUCUGGACAUGAAAUAACACCCCUAUAGUCACCUUUACAUUACCAGAUAUUAUAUAUAUAUAAAAAUAAGCCAGAAAUAAGAAAUCUAUUUGACUCACAUACGUUACUUUAUCACUGAGUACUUCCUGCACUGGCUGUUUUCUCAUCAAUGUCGUAUUACUGAGGCCUAGUAACAGUGUAGAAUACUACAAAUAUCCCAGUAUUCGGUUUGUCUCAUGUAAUACACUUACUACUUACUGCUUAUAUGUAUAGUAAUAAUACCUUUUGAGCCCUGCGUCUUGUACAGUUUUUUGCUACGGCUAAUCUAUGCCCAAAAGCUACAUUUCCCAUGAUGCUUUGAGUACAGCUUCAGGAAGUAGUGACUGAUAUCACCUUCGGAAGCCAUUUCUGACCUAAGUAAGUUUGAUCAAGUGCAGAAAGCAAAGCAAAGCUUCUGUUUGGACGACUCGGAGAGUGCGAGAGGCCGACAACGUGUGUGAUGAAGGGCUGAUGACAAUGUUCGAUUGUGAUACUUGUCAAGAUGACUUCCGCUUUAGUUCCCACAAGGAGAAAGAUAAAUAUCUUUUUGGUAGGCUUCUGUUUAGCUAGCCAUCUUAUGCUCACUGUUGAGCGCUGUUUUAGCUAGCCAUGUUGACAUGCAAUGUUUGGCCUUGAAACGCCGAUCAACUUGCUGCUGAAACGUUGUGACCAUCAUGAAGGAUAAAGAUCCUUGAACAUGUGGAAGGAUCUUCCCCCAUGAAGGUCUCAUUAUGGAGGAUCUCACCUUUCUGAAAAAGUCAUCAUGGACUCUCCGGCUAAGUCGAACAACCGCAGCCUGGCCUUUCAGGAGCUGCUGGACCUGACAGGAGACCUCUAUGCACCAUGACCUGCUGCAAUUCUACAAGACAGAGAUACCCUUAGACUUCUUUCUGGGGGGGGGCGGUGGACUCAAAGAGUCUCACCAGGACAUCGUUCUGCAUCAUGUCCUCAGGGUGGAGGGGGCGCACGUCCCUUUGGAGGCCCUUCAGCCGAGCCAGCUCGCUCGUCACGCUGCAGUUCACGCCCGUCGCCUAGGAGACAUGUUUUUUUACUUCACGUGCGAUGGGGGAAACGGGGGUUUCGAACCCGUGAACGAGGACAAGGACUCACGUUUUGCGAGGAGACGUCGGUGACCGUCAUGAAGACUCGGUCUCCUGCCGCCACGGAUGGCAGAAGCAGCCUGAGCUCCAGGUUACUCACGGGGUAGCAGCCCAGGUUCUGGAUCUGCAACAAGACCAAGUGCUGAGUCAGAAGGCGUCACAAGGCGAUACACCAGAUUGUGGCGAACUCGAACUUGGUCAUCUUGGAUUGUGUUUCACUUGGUGACAGUCUUGGGCACUGUAUGCUAGCUCCAACCACCGCGUCAAAGGGACUAUUUGACUGUCAGACGGGCUCACUCCGUUCAUGUCCUUGUUCUAUGGAGCAAACGUGCUAAGGUGCUGAAAGUGAAACCUCCGGCCAAUGAAGCUAGCAUGUUUUUCGAAUGUGGGAGGAAACCGGAGUACCAGGAGAAAACCCACACAUGCACGGGGAGAACAUGCAAACUCCACACAGAGAUGCCCAAGCAGAGAAUUGAACCCAGGUCUUAACAUGCUAACCACCGUUGGGAGGUCCGGGAUCAUGUUUACCUUGAAGUGCGUGUAGAACUCGGGUCCGAUAGCUUCCGACAUGGUCCGCGUGGGAUGCACCUCGUAUCGGUUUAAGUUGGAGUCGCUGCAUGCAGUAGAAAAAAAAACGUGUGAGGAGCACAUCACAUGACCAAGAGAUGGCGCUGACGUACCUGCUGACGAACAGAUCCGGCUCGUACUGGACGAAGCUCUGCAGCUGAACACUGUUGUCCGCUAACGUGUCUUGUCUCUCCACGCUGUCGCUGGUGGAGAACGUGUUUUAAGUUAUUGUGGAAUCUUGGAAGCGCAAGCAAGUCCGGUCGGUCAAGCUAACCUGGAGGCAUGGAGCUUCAUUUGGACUCGGCUGUGCAAGGUGGCACAGCUGAACUCAAACUCCAGCAUGAAGUUCACCUUUGAAUGAGAAGGAGGAUAAAACAGUCGGAUGGAAUGGCGGCAAAGGGGGGGGGGGGGGGGUGUGGCCUGAACGGCGCAACCUACCUUGGACUGGGAGCGGAACACCGGGUAACUGACGUUACAGGAGUGGCUGUUGGAGCCCACGGCCGUACACUCGAUCUUAAAGUUGGCGUCCUCCUACGAUUAAAGAAGAAGAAACGAUGAUGAUGAUGAUCACUGGACUGGCUCACUCACCAACACCGAAACUAGCUCGAACGUUGCGGCUUCAGUUUAUCGUGGUUUUUCAAAAAUGUGUAAGACGACGGCAAAUAUUAAUUUUUAAGCUAAUUUUACUUAGAUUUCAGCCGAAAUGAAGCAUUUUUAAGCAUAAAUGAAUUCACAAGAUGCAUUCAAAGACACCUUGGGAUAUGUAGUACUCCACACUGGUCACUAGUAAUGUUACCUUGAUGACGCAAUAGCCACCACAGGAAGUACUGGACAGUACAGGAAGUAAAAAAAAAAUUUUCAGUUCAUCAAACAAAUGUAAAUAUUAGUCAAUGACAAUACAACUGAACACAAAAUGCAGUGUUUAAAUAUUUUUUAAAAAGUACUACAGGAGGAAAAAUAUUCAAACCUACAUUUAUUUACUCUGUGGGGAAAAGUGAUUACCCCCCCCCCCCCCCCCCCCCACGUUAAAACACAACUUAAUUCAUGCUUCCAUUGAUCACAGCAAGACUUCCAGGGCCUUAAGCAGCAAAACAGCCCCAGACCAUCACACUACCUCCACCAUAUUUUACUGCUUUUUGCUGCUUUUUGACAAGUUGAGCAAUGGUUUUGGUUUUGGUGUCUUUCUCAUAAUUGAGUCAUGAACACUGACCUUUAACUGAGGCAAGUGAGAGCCUACUACGCUUCUUUGGAUAUGGUUGUGGGGCCCUUUUGUGACCUCUUGGAUGAGUCGUCGCUGCGUCCUGGGGUCAUUUUGGGUUGGCUGGCCACUCCUGGGAUUCAUGCUUCCAUUGAUCACAGCAAGACUUCCAGGGCCUUAAGCAGCAAAACAGCCCCAGACCAUCACACUACCUCCACCAUAUUUUACUGCUUUUUACUGAUUUUUGACGAGUUGAGCAAUGGUUUUGGUUUUGGGACUCUGCCACGCGGGCCGGUGUCUUUCUCAUAAUAGAGUCAUGAACACUGACCUUUAACUGAGGCAAGUGAGAGCCUACUACGCUUCUUUAGAUAUGGUUGUGGGGCCCUUUUGUGACCUCUUGGAUGAGUCGUCGCUGCGUCCUGGGGUCAUUUUGGGUUGGCUGGCCACUCCUGGGAAGGUUCACCGCUGUUCCGUGUUUUGGUAAUUUGUGGACAAUUGCUCUCACUGUGAGGGCGGCACGGCGGUCUAGUGGUUAGCGCGCAGAGUCACAGCUAGGAGACCAGGGUUCAAUUCCACCCUCGGGCAUCUCUGUGUGGAGUUUGCAUGUUCUCCCCGUGCAUGCGGGUACUCCGGUUUCCUCCCACAUUCCAAAAACAUGCUAGGUUAAUUAGCCACUCCAAAUUGUCCAUAGGUAUGAAUGUGAGUGUGAAUGGUUGUUUGUCUAUAUGUGCCCUGUGAUUGGCUGGCGACUAGUCCAGGGUGUACCCCGCCUCUCGCCCUAAGAAGACAGCUGGGAUAGGCUCCAGCACCCCCCGCGACCCUCGUGAGGAUAAGCGGUAGAAAAUAAAUGAAUGAAUGAAUGAGUUCUCCUCCUAUUUUGUGUGGAAGUGGUAACUUUUUGGUUUCUUAUUUUGACUUUCCCCACCCUCGGUCAUCUCUGUGUGGAGUUUGCAUGUUCUCCCCGUGCAUGCGUGGGUUUUCUCCGGGUACUCCGGUUUCCUCCCACAUUCCAAAAACAUGCUAGGUUAAUUAGCGACUCCAAAUUGUCCAUAGGUAUGAAUGUGAGUGUGAAUGGUUGUUUGUCUAUAUGUGCCCUGUGAUUGGCUGGCGACCAGUCCAGGGUGUACCCCGCCUCUCGCCCGAAGACAGCUGGGAUAGGCUCCAGCACCCCCCGCGACCCUCGUGAGGAAAAAGCGGUAGAAAAUGAAUGAAUGAAUGCUCUCACUGUGCUUUGCUGGAGUCCCAAAGCUUUAGAAAUGGCUUCAUGAGCUUUUCCACACUGAUAGAUCUCAGUUUAUAUUAACUAUAUUUUAACAUUUAACAUUUAUUCAUUUAAAAAGUGAGUUUUGUGUUAUCAUUGACUUAUUUAAAUUAGUUUGAUGAUCAAAUCAUUUUUACUUCCUGUACUGUCCAGUACUUCCUGUGGUGGCUAUUGCGUCAUCAUUGUAACAUUACUAUGACUUGCAGUGACAUUGGAAGCAUGUCCUUGUCCAAGGUCGUUACCCGGAUACUGAGGCUGGAGAAGUGCAGAUUCCGUGAGUAGUGCAGCGUCAGGCUGCUGUUGUAGGCGUUUUCCAGUCGGUUCUCCAGUUGGACCUCCACUGACACACGCCUACGAGGACUACGGAUCACAUACGGCCUCUGUCUGCAAACAUUGGAGGGGGGGGGACUUUAACAGCAGUGUUCUGAGUACACAGGGGACCGAAUCCCGACUCUUACCUCGUCCCGGAGAUGUCCAUUUGCGCCUGCAGAACCAAAUCUGUGGUGCACACGUCGUCCUCCCCGCAGUCCUUAAAGAACGGUAUCUGAUGGAGGACACGUGGAAAGGUCAUCAGGGGGGGGGGGGACAGGAAAUGCAAAGCGACACCACUUUUCACCCACGUAUUUCUUGAUGGAGGUCGGCCAGCCCUCGUCCAACACGGGGCCGCUCUCGGUGUUGUUGAUCUUGAAGCGCAGGGAGAAGCUAAUGGGGCGGAUGUAGUCCGCCGUGUCCUGGCGACGACAGAGGAAUGUUAGGAAGGAAGCGUUUUUUUUUUUUAGGAGGUUCGGGCGUGUUUCCGGGCGCUCACGUAGACGUGGAAGGGCAGGUUGUAGCAAAGAGUCUGUCCCGUGUGAGCUCCCACCGCUAGCUGCGUCUGCCGGUGGGAGCUGUCGUCAAAGAGCGCGCGAGCCGACAACUUCCUGUCGUCCAACAUGGCCGACACCCAGAGAUCUAAGGAGAGGGCAGCGGUUUCAGGUCCAGAAAGGUCCCGUGUGGAGCUGAACGUUGGUAGACCUAACAGCUUGGGCUUUUAGCUCGAUACUUAGCGGGGUACCGGGGUACCGGGGGCGGACCAGAUGGGAUCCACGGGGCUAAAAGAAAAGUUACGUACCAAAACCGUUGCUGCUUGGUCCCGGGGAUCGUGACACCGCCGUGAAACAGGCAGUGGCGUUGAGGCAGGCCGACUCCCGGCCUCCGCGUUGGCACGUCUUUUGGAUGACGUUGAUGGAAUGUGGCUGGAAGGCCAGAGUCACGUUGAUCUGGACGAUGCUUCGGGAUCUACAAACAAAGGGAAUCAACACGGGACAAAAGGCCUGAGUAUUAGUGUUCCGCAACGGGGUCUAAACAAAGACUAUAGGAGUGCAAAAGUGACUAUAGGGGUGUUAUUUCAUGGCUACAGGGCUCUAAAAAAACAUUACAAAGUCAGCUUUUUGACAGUAUGUAGAUACAGCAUAUAAAAUUAUUAUUAUGGUCCACUUGUGGACUUCUUCUGUGGCUGACAGAUCUCCAGGUUUUAUUUAAGACUAAGAGAGACCCCCUCAAACAGAAUGGAAGGAUCCAAACCGUCUCACCUGAGCAGCACGGCGCUACCGUGGGCUCCGACCGCCAAGUCAAUCAACCCAUCUCCGUCCAAGUCCAACCUGGCGCUCACGCUGCGGCCAAAGUACUGCAGGGACGGGGAGACGGACAUCCCUGGGAUACGCUGCGGGGGUGGAAAGACGGUGAAAAGAGACUCGGACCGGAUUGUGAUCUUCCGAGCGUCCUGUCCUACAACACCUGCUUGAAGUUGUGGAUGAUGUAAAUGCUUUGGCCGUGGUACACGUAAACCGCCCCCCGGUGCUCGUCCUCCAAAGGGGCGCCCACUAGCAGGUCGGUGAAUCCGUCGUGGUUGAGGUCCGGAGCGGCGGCCAUUGCGUAGCCAAACCUGGCGUCCUGGGAUCUUUGGUCUGAUUUGAGGGUCCCGUUGGAGACAAACACCUCCUCCUGGGGAAGACGGAAGAAUUAAAAUGGAGCAUACAGGAAGUGACGCCGUUCAAGUGGAUGGGUACCCCGCUGAGAGUGUAAAUGUAGACUCGACCAGCCUCCUUGUUCCCUGAGCCCAGGUACAUGGGGGCGGCAACCAGGAGGACGUCAGUGAUGCCAUCCUGGUCGAUAUCCAGGCCACACAGCUCACUGCCGUAGUAGGAGCCGAUCUGCGGGGACACGGGGUAUUUCACCUGGAUGCCACCAGGGGGAGACAUUGCUCCAAUGUGGAAUAUUCAGAUUCCCUAAAAACACGCGGUGGUCCACCUGUUCUCCAUUGAGGGCCUGGACUAUGUUGACGGCGCCGUCAUCGCUGAGUUCAAACAGGAUGACUUUGCCUUUGUGUUUGAAGCGCGGUGCGCCGGCCACGUACAGCCUCCGCCAAUCACCGACGAGCACCGACGACACCGUGUAGCCUGCACACACACACGCACAAUUACUAAAAUAAAAAUUACAGCACAUUUUCAAUUUUUGUUCUUUUUUUCUCUUGAUAUUUUGACCAUAUUCUGGUAUAAUUAUUGCUGUUUUUUAAAAGCAAUAUUAGAUACAUUGUACAUUUUUUAGAGUGUGAUGCUGGCCACUAAAAAACAACCACAGGCAGCAAAUGGCCCCGUGCCCGCACUUUGGAGAGCCCUGCUUUAGGAGCACCAUUCUGUGUGACGACUUUAUUCUAAAAAAUUUGACUUUUUUUCUCGUAAAUGUAUGACUUUAUUCUUGAAAAUUUCUGACUUUUUGUCAUAAAUUUAUGACUUUAUUCUCGCAAAUUUAUGGCUUUUUUUCUCAUAAAUGUAUGACUUUUUUUCUCCCAAAUGUAUGACUUUUCUUGUUAAUUGAUGGCUUUUUUUCUCAUAAAUUUAGGGCUUUUUUCUCAUAAGUUUAUGACUUUUUUUCCUCAUAAAUGUAUGACUUUAUUCUUGAAAAUUUCUGACUUUUCGUCAUAAAUUUAUGGGCAGCAAAUGGCGCACUGGCCGCACUUUGAACAGCACUGCUUUGGGCGCACCAUUCUGUGUGACGAUUUUAUUCUCAAAAAUUUUCUGACUUUUUUUCUCGUAAAUGUAUGACUUUAUGCUUGAAAAUUUCUGACUUUUUGUCAUAAAUUUAUGACUUUAUUCUCGCAAAUUUAUGGCUUUUUUCUCGUAAAUUUACGAUUCUAUUCUCAUAAAUGUAUGACUUUUUUUCUCCCAAAUGUAUGACUUUUCUUGUUAAUUGAUGGCUUAUUUCUCAUAAGUUUAUGACUUUAUUCUUGAAAAUUUCUGACUUUUUGUCAUAAAUUUACGGGCAGCAAAUGGCCCCCUGGCCACACUUUGGACAGCACUGCUUUGGGCGCACCAUUCUGUGUGACGACUUUAUUCUCAAAAAUUUUCUGACUUUUUUUUCGUAAAUGUAUGACUUUAUUCUUGAAAAUUUCUGACUUUUUGUCAUAAAUUUAUGACUUUAUUCUCGCAAAUUUAUGGCUUUUUUUUCUCGUAAAUUUACGAUUCUAUUCUCAUAAAUGUAUGACUUUUUUUCUCCCAAAUGUAUGACUUUUCUUGUUAAUUGAUGGCUUUUUUUCUCAUAAGUUUAUGACUUUUUCCUCAUAAAUGUAUUACUUUAUUCUUGAAAAUUUCUGACUUUUCGUCAUAAAUUUAUGGGCAGCAAAUGGCCCCCUGGCCGCACUUUGGACAGCACUGCUUUGGGCGCACCAUUCUGUGUGACGACUUUAUUCUCAAAAAUUUUCUGACUUUUUUUUUGCAAAUGUAUGACUUUAUUCUUGAAAAUUUCUGACUUUUUUUUCGUAAAUGUAUGACUUUAUUCUUGAAAAUUUCUGACUUUUUGUCAUAAAUUUAUGACUUUAUUCUCGCAAAUUUAUGGCUUUUUUCUCGUAAAUUUACGAAUCUAUUCUCAUAAAUGUAUGACUUUUUUUCUCCCAAAUGUAUGACUUUUUUUGUUAAUUGAUGGCUUUUUUCUCAUAAGUUUAUGAUUUUUUUCUCAUAAAUGUAUUACUUUAUUCUUGAAAAUUUCUGACUUUUCGUCAUAAAUUUACAGGCAGCAAAUGGCCCCCUGGCCGCACUUUGGACAGCACUGCUUUGGGCGCACCAUUCUGUGUGACGACUUUAUUCUCAAAAAUUUUCUGACUUUUUUUUCAUAAAUGUAUGACUUUAUUCCUGAAAAUUUCUGACUUUUUGUCAUAAAUUUGCGACUUUAUUCUUGCAAAUUUAUGGCUUUUUUCUCGUAAAUUUACGACUAUUCUCAUAAAUGUAUGACCUUUUUUCUCGUAAAUGUAUGACUUUAUUCUUGAAAAUUUCUGACUUUUUGUCAUAAAUUUAUGACUUUAUUCUCGCAAAUUUAUGGCUUUUUUCUCGUAAAUUUACGAUUCUAUUCUCAUAAAUGUAUGACUUUUUUUCUCCCAAAUGUUUGACUUUUUUUGUUAAUUGAUGGCUUUUUUCUCAUAAAUUUAUGGCUUUUUUCUCAUAAAUAUAUUACUUUAUUCUUGAAAAUUUCUGACUUUUUUUUCGUAAAUGUAUGACUUUAUUCUUGAAAAUUUCUGACUUUUUGUCAUAAAUUUGCGACUUUAUUCUCGCAAAUUU